UCAUCUGGGUAGACCAAGGCCUUGCGCUGGAUCAUUGGCAGUGCUGCGACGUUGGAGUCGUCGAAAGGCAUACAUCCAGUGACCAUGACAUACAAGAUCACUCCCAAACUCCAGACAUCAUACUUCCUGGGGUCGUAAGGCACACCAAGGAGCACCUCUGGUGGAGCGUAGGCUGCAGAGCCACAGUAAGUCUGGCUCAGAUCGGGGAAGCCAGCCGCAAAUCUCCCAAAUCCAAAAUCCGUCAACCUCACUUGAUUGUCCACAGUAAGAAGGAUGUUCUCGCAUUUGAGAUCCCGGUGUACGAUUCCACUGUUGUGCAAGUAACUCACUGCGUUGACUAUCUGGGAGAACAUGGCCUUGGCUACAUCUGUCGGUACACCGUUGCCCUCUUGAACCUUUUGCAGAAGGUCUGUAGCCGCCGCCUCCAUGACGAUAUAUAAUCGCCCAUUGCAAACUUCGAUGAAUUCAUAGACACGAACAAUGUUCUCGUGCCUCACAGUUCGCAGCAGUGCCAGCUCUCUUGGAAGAAACUUGUGGACGAAAUCGUGCGGGGCUUUCUUGCGGUCUACAACUUUUAUGGCCACCUGAGACUUGUGCUUUUGGGAAUGAGCCAGUUUAACUUUGGAGUAACUUCCCUCACCUAACACGGCCUCCAUCUUAUAGCCCAUACCCCUCAAUACCUUUUCCGUGUACAUUUUGAUGGGGGUUUUUUUCAACGUUAAAGACUCAGGUUAGGUUAUUCCAGGUUAAACGGGGUCCGAUCCAUCACAAGGCUACUCCCAGGGGCGGGUGCAAAACCCCGCUCCCUACCUCGACCUCGUUGUUCUGCCGGUUGGAGUAACGGAUGCUUCCUUGGGACCGCUCAGACCGACAAGAUGAAUCACAGCUCCAAUGAACCAGAAGCGGAGACCACUGAGCCGCUGCGUUUCCUCAGUAAGGUGGAGGCAUCAGCCAUUGAGACAGAGUUGCUGCGGGACUACCGGUUUGGGCAGCAGCAGCUGAUCGAGAUCUGGGGUUAUGCCUGCGCCAUUGCCGUAACCAAGGCUUUUCCUCUGAAGUCUCUCAACAAGAAGCAGCCCACAGUCCUGGUUGUUUGUGGCCCUGAGCAGAACGGCUCGGUCGGUCUUGUGUGCGCCCGACACCUGCGUAUAUUCGAGUACGAGCCAACAAUCUACUACCCAAAGCGUUCCUCACACAGCGUGCACCAGGAUUUCACCGUUCAGUGUGAAAAGAUGGACAUCCCCUUUCUGUCCUACCUGCCCACUGAGGUCCAGUUGAUAAAUGAUGCCUACAACUUGGUAAUUGAUGCAACCCUGGGUCCAGACAGUGACUCCAAAGAUAUCAAGGAACCUUACUCCAGUAUCCUGGUGACCUUGAAACAGGUCAAAAUACCGAUAGCCAGUGUUGACGUGCCCUUAGGUUGGGAUGCGGAUGAGGCAGAUAUGGAUGGAAUCAGCCCCGAAGUGCUUAUAUCUCUCAUGGCUCCCAAAAAGUGUGCCACUAAUUUCUCUGGGAAGCAUUUUCUGGCAGGACGCUUCCUUCCUUAUGACAUACAGAAAAAAUAUGAACUCAAUCUUCCAGAAUUCCCAGAGACAGAGUGUCUUAUAGAACUGUAAUACAUGCACAUAAAUAUGAAUAUUUUCGAUACACAAUUAAGGAUCGUAUAUACUUGUUUUGUAUUUUAUAGAUUCUGCAUUGGUUCUCUAAAGAGCAGUCUUUGCCCAAGUGAGAAUGUGAAUUUGUUUUGGCCACUUGCUCCAGAAGUAAUGUUUUAGAAUGUUUUAGAAAUCAAAAACUGUGGUUAGUCUGAGUUGUGCAAUGUUUCUUGGAAAACUGUUGCAGGGUUGUUCCCCUGUUUCCCUUUUCUUCGCCUUCAAAAACAAAACAGUCCACUGUUUUUUUUUCUCCUGAUGAAAACUGCCUUUCCCUAGAAACCAGCUUUUCAAACAUCAGCUACUAGCAUUUCACAACACUUUCAGUGACUACUGUACCUCCUGCUGAAGCUGUCUGAUCUUAAACUAAGUUUGCUGUUGUCCAUAUGUUCACAAAAUUAGUGACUUUUUUUCCCCGGAAAACUGCUCUUCCUCAUUUCAGUAGUUCUUCAUCUAAUUCAGAUGUUAAAAAAUACCGUGGUGGAAUGUACAAAUGUAGUCUGGUUAUUUUACUAGGAGGACAAUUUUACACAGCUGCAAUGCCUUCACUCAGGCCAGCUCAAAGGUGGAAGGUAUACUCAGUCAAAAGCCUCACUGGAGACGUGCCAUUGGUAUGUUCCAGGGUGGAGCUCAACAACAAAUUACUUUCUCUUGCAAGCCUUUUGGAUGUGAUUCUUCUUUGUUGUAUUUAGCUCCUCCUGUUUAGCCACAGACAGUCAGACUUGGGUUGAGAGACAGCGGUGGUGUGUUCACUGUUGCCUAAUGUCCAAUGCUUCAAAACACUAUACUAUUUGUUUCCCUCCUGAUCCAUGAAAAUGCAUGAUGCCAUAGAAUGAAACAUCUUGCAGUUUCAUAGUAUAACGUACACCUUAUAUUGGGUUGGAUUUUGUUUUGGUUGAAAAGCUAUAUUCCUCAACUCUUUUUUUUACUGUCAUGUAUUUAUUUAUUUAUUUACAAAAUGCUGGUGAGAAUAUUUUCAGUAUGUGAAUGGCACCCCUUUGAUAUCUUACUGUCUAUGGAUAGAUGAAUGUUACUUUUUUCCUUUUAAAGACUACUGUAUCUCUUUAGUUCAAUGGCUGUUUUGCUCAUGAACAGUUCAUAUUUCCCAAUCAAAUAAAGUUUCUCACUUUAAAU